GAUACAUCGUGUCGUGGUAUGUACGAUAUCCUUCUCUCCAUAAGAAAUUGCAAAAAAAGAAUUUUUUGCAUAAUAUAUUCGUAGGAUGGAAAAUUUGGUUUGAAAUAUCGCGUAGAAUUUUUUUUUUUUAAAUUCUUUAACGAGGAUAGUUUAGUUUUGCUCGUAUUAAAACGACGAAGAAAAAUGUUGAACGCGAGAAUUCUGAUUGUAUUUGGAUUGGUGAGUUGUGGAGUUUUUGCCAGAAAUGCGGAUGGCAAUCGUGAGUUUCAAUUUCUUAAAGAGACGAGUAAUAAGAAACACGGUGGAUCUAUGUUGAUGGAAAUAGCGAAGGAACUUGUGCAAAGAUCUUCGACAAGCAGCCAGGUGUUGAAUCUAAAUUUAUCAAAUUUGUUAUUGCUUUUGGUAUUGAAAGCGUUUGUUUUUGGUGCAGGAUAUUUAGGAAAUCAUGGUUACAAAGGGCGUGAAUUGGAAGAAGAAAACGUAGUGUCCCAAAGUGAGGUUACACUGGCAUUGGGAUAUUUGAUGGGAGAUACUUGUCUGUAUAGAGCAGCUUGCGAAGAACCUCACGUUGCGAAGGAAUAUUUAAGAGCUGCAGAAAUAAUCAUCGAAACAAUGAAAUUGUUGCCACACGGUUUGUUAAUUGAAGGAAUGCACGAGAAAACAUUGGCAGAAAUUCGAAAAGCCAUCGAACAUGGUGUUACAGAUGGCUGUCCGCCUGAAUAUACUUGCAAAAAGGAGAAUAUUAAAAAUUUCUUGAAAGAAAAUAGAAAGUGAAAGUAUAGGGAUAUAAAUAAUUUUUAAUAUUUCGAAAGAACCUGUAGUAUUACUUGAAUAUUAAUAUUUUAAUAUUACUUGAAUAGAAGAAUAAAGUGCAUAAAUGAUUUCUAUAAUUUAA